UCUCUCUCUCUCUCUGUCUGUCUUUUUACUCACACACACACAAUGAUAGUGGGUUACUUUUGACCACUUUCCUCCCGCUGCCUCACAGUAAACAGUUUCAAUGCAUGUUGCCACGAGACACAAAAAGUUAACAGACUCAAGCUAGGCAGAUGGCUUGAGCUUUCUUCUCUAACACUGACGACAUCCUUACUACUGAAGCAGGUCAGUGGAGACCAAGGAGUCAAAAAGAAAAAAAUGGUGUCGGAAGAAUGCAGUGGUUAUGUGAAGCUGGAACAGUCUCGUGAGUGGCAGCCAGGGUGGUAGCGCCAGGCCGGGCGACGGAGAGCGAUGAUUCAUUCGCUCCUGUUACUGACCUCAGCCAGUGUCUGUACCUCCGGUGCCGAUAAACGAGGCAACCACCUUGAGCUGUGAGGAAAAGCUCGGGGUGUGUCGGACUGAAGGUGCAGCACUAGAGCGGGUAGGCACUGUUCGUGGCCAUGCUUGCCCGCGAGGCCGUGGACGGUGGUGUUGUGGCAGCGCGCAGGAGGUUCUUUGAUCGACAAGAGACAACAGAAAGUAACUUUUCUGGAAUAUCGUGCAUUUCUGGAACUGAAGACAUCCUCUUAGCCGGAGGACGCGCUCCCUUUGGUUAUCGCGCGGGUUUACGACGCAAAUCCCUGGAGGGAGGGAGUCUUUUGGAAACUGCUCUCUGUUUCGAUUCCGAAGUUGAUCUGGAAGAGAAACGUAUGUUAGACGCCCACAACAUCGACGCCCCGGCCUGGCUCACCCAGACGACCCUCGAGGAGCGCUAUGGGGCCGCCACAGACAUCCCGCCUAAUGGUGCCGGGCUGGACUUGGAGGCCGCGGGCGGGGCAGGCAGCCACUUUAGCCAGGCCCGGCGCUAUGUGGGGCGCCGCCUGGGGCACGGCCACCACAAACGCCAUCCUUCCCCUAUACGGCGCCGCCCGCGGGAGGAGGAAAGCGGCAAAGGAUCUCCACCCAUCACCGUCAACGUGACAACGUCCAGUUCCUAUCCGGAAAACUUUUACCCGAUAUUCCUGCCCAUGGACCAAGCCUUCAAGGCCAAGUACGUCUUUACCAACAAAAAAGGCAAGACCCUGAAGGAGAAAACAUAUCUCUUCCUGGAGCAUCCCUGCGGCUGGGGCUGCUUCUUCUACCAUUUCUUUGUAUUUAUGGCGGUGCUCAUCUGCCUCAUCUUCAGCGUGCUGUCAACGAUUUCUCAGUAUGCUGACUUCGCCAACGAAACUCUGUUUUGGAUGGAAAUCUGUCUGGUGGUGUUCUUUGGCGUGGAGUAUGCAGUGAGAAUGUGGGCAGCGGGCUGUCGAUCAAAGUACAUGGGUUUCUUUGGAAGGAUACGCUUCAUACGGAAGCCGAUAUGCAUCAUAGAUUUGAUCGUGGUGGUGGCGUCAGUGGUGGUUCUGUGUGUGGGCUCCAACGGGCAGGUGUUUGCCACUUCAGCCAUCCGAGGCAUCAGAUUCCUGCAGAUCUUGCGCAUGUUACACGUGGACAGACAAGGUGGCACUUGGCGGCUGCUUGGGUCUGUCGUCUUUAUUCACAGACAGGAGCUGAUUACAACCCUAUACAUUGGUUUCCUGGGCCUCAUCUUUUCAUCUUACUUUGUGUAUUUGGCCGAAAAGAAAGAUGAGGAUGAUGAAGAUGGGGAUGGAGAUUUUUCAAGCUAUGCUGAUGCCUUGUGGUGGGGUGUGAUAACAGUGACCACUAUAGGAUAUGGGGACACUGUGCCAAGGACAUGGAUGGGAAAGAUUGUGGCUUCAUGCUUUAGUGUUUUUGCCAUAUCAUUCUUUGCCUUGCCUGCCGGUAUCCUUGGCUCUGGCUUUGCUCUCAAAGUCCAACAGAAGCAGAGACAAAAACACUUCAACAGACAGAUUCCUGCUGCUGCCAUGUUGAUACAGUGUUUGUGGCGGUGUUAUGCUGCAGAUAAACACUUCAACUCUACAGCAACUUGGAAAAUACAUUUAAAAGACCCAAAUGCAAACAAUAAUGCUCAGUCCACUCCUUUGAGUAAGGAGAGUUCUCUGAAUACACCACUAAGCAAGAUGGCCAAAAGAGCAAGUGUUCUACGUAGAAGAAAAUCUAAAAGCAAGAUGGAUGUGUCAUCAGGGAUGGAGGGCCCGAGCCGCAGGGACAGUGAGGGGGACAUGGUGUUCUACGUAGAAGAGCCCAGGGCAGAGGAGGUGGCGCGGCGGUGGUCGUCCAUGGCUCGCCUGAGGGGCAUGCUGGGGUGUGUAUCACCCAUCACAGAAAUCCCAGGGGCACCAUCAACCACCCAUCUAGGCAAUCCUGGGCGGGUCAGGGGAUUGUCUAGGUCUCGGAGCUACGAAUGCACGGCGGGGACCCCUAACCGGAUAAGGAGAGAGGGAGGUCCACGAGGAUCAGCAUUGCACAGCCAGGCUUCCUCUGUUACUGAGGUGGCCUCAGAUGAAAUUGAUAUUGACAUGGAUGAGCCCCAAGGAUUUACCUCGGCUCUCCUCCACAGGUUGACUGAGGCUCAUCGCAAUGCCAUCAGGGCCAUCAGGAAGAUAAAAUAUUUUGUUGCUCGAAGAAAAUUCCAGCAAGCACGAAAGCCAUAUGAUGUGAGAGAUGUAAUUGAACAGUACAGUCAAGGACACCUUAACAUGAUGGUUAGAAUAAAGGAACUCCAGAGAAGAUUGGACCAGACUUUAGGUAAACCAGGGAGCUACCUGAGUGGUAUUGACAAAGCUGGAAAUGUUAAGCCAAUGACCAUUGGUGCAAGACUCUACCGUGUAGAACAACAGUUGGUUCUUCUUGACAAGAAACUUGACCAAAUGUUAUUUGUGUGUAAUGCCCUCGCACAGAAGACUCAGCUACCAGAGAUAAGAAAUUCAGAUGAUCAUGUAUAGCUAUUACUAUCAGUUGCCAUAGUUGUUUUUAUAAAUGUUUUGGUUGAAAAUCAUAAGUAUAAGUGGUUUAUAUACAGAUAGUGAGAAUUACAUAGAUAUUAAAUCAUAAUAGAUUUAUAAUAGUUUUGUUGUACCAUUCUGGGAAAGGAAAUCAUCUGUUAUGAAACUUUUCCCUUAAACUGAGAAUCUUCUAUAAUUUAUCAUUCAUCAGUAUCAGAGUAGGGAAAAAUUUAUAGAAAGCAAGUGAUGCCAAAACAUUUAUAUACUCUAACAGUGCAUUAUAACUGAGUAACUGUCCAGUGACUUUCAACACUUUUAAGGUAGUGAUGUAUUCAUAUAGUUCCAUGAUCACAUGUGUAAGCUUUAUCAUCAACUAGACAGUAUGUUUUGUACAUAGUUAGGGUUCAAGAUACUGUACAUAGAUUUUUUUUUUUUUUUACAUUGUUACAUAUGUAAAAAAAAGUUUUUCAAUCUAAGCUACUGAAUAGAAGUUUUCUAAGCAGUCAUUUUCAUAUAACUAAUAUAUUUUGAAAAGAUGUACCUUCAUGCCUCUGGUGUUUGCAAUGGAUCAGUACUUGAUAUCUUGUUUUAGCCUUAAAGAUUUUAUACCUCACCUAUUGUUCCAAAAACAGUGUGGUUGAUAAGAUUUUUUUCUUCUCUUUCUCUGAAAAAAAUUUUUUUUUCUUUUAUGAAUUCUUAUUAUACUGUCAUCUAGUUUCUAUCCAGUUAUUUGAUACUGUGCAAGAAGGUUUAAUAAAGUAACUUAAUUUAAA